UCAGAAGGUGGAGGCUCUCGGCGGUGCCGCGGUCCCCAGCUGCCGGGUCGCGCCCCGUUUCCUCCCUCCCGCUCCGCCCCUCUCUCCGGCGCCCCCACUUCUCUCCCCGAGUGACUGAGGGACGAGCGGCCCCGCCCUCGCCACCCGGCAUGGAGUCCGGGUCCCCGCGCAGCCCUCACUCCCCGCUCGGCGUCUCUUCCCUCCACGGUCGCUGAGCUGCCCCGGAGCCCUAGCGGAGGGCGGCACGACCCCCUAGGCCGACCGCGGCCCCGCCCACGGCCGCACCGCUGCUGCGCUCUGGUUGGACCCCGACGGCCGAAGCCCAGUCCGCCCUCGGGUCCCCGCGCCAGAAUGAAGAAGAUGAGCAACAUUUAUGAGUCAGCUGCCAAUACACUGGGAAUCUUUAACAGCCCCUGCCUGACCAAAGUUGAGCUGCGUGUGGCAUGCAAAGGCAUUUCCGACAGAGAUGCUCUUUCCAAACCAGACCCCUGUGUCAUCCUCAAGAUGCAGUCCCAUGGGCAGUGGUUCGAGGUUGACAGAACAGAGGUGAUUCGCACCUGCAUCAACCCAGUGUAUUCAAAACUGUUUACCGUGGACUUUUAUUUUGAGGAGGUGCAGCGCUUGCGGUUUGAGGUCCACGACAUCAGCAGCAACCACGAUGAGCUGAAGGAGGCUGACUUCUUGGGCGGCAUGGAGUGCACACUUGGCCAGAUUGUUUCCCAGAGAAAGCUGUCCAAAUCCUUGCUGAAGCACGGGAACACGGCAGGGAAAUCCUCCAUCACGGUGAUUGCUGAGGAAUUAUCUGGCAAUGAUGACUACGUUGAACUUGCCUUCAACGCACGGAAACUGGAUGACAAGGAUUUCUUCAGUAAGUCUGACCCAUUUCUGGAAAUUUUUCGAAUGAAUGAUGAUGCAACUCAGCAGCUUGUGCACCGAACUGAGGUUGUGAUGAAUAACUUAAGCCCAGCCUGGAAAUCAUUCAAAGUAUCAGUAAAUUCUCUAUGCAGUGGAGAUCCUGACCGCCGGCUGAAGUGCAUAGUAUGGGACUGGGACUCCAAUGGCAAACAUGACUUCAUUGGAGAAUUCACCUCAACAUUCAAGGAGAUGAGAGGAGUAAUGGAAGGAAAACAGGUGCAGUGGGAGUGCAUCAACCCCAAGUACAAAGCCAAGAAGAAGAAUUAUAAGAACUCAGGCACUGUGAUUUUGAACCAGUGCAAGAUCCACAAGAUGCAUUCUUUCUUGGACUACAUCAUGGGUGGCUGCCAAAUCCAGUUUACAGUAGCUAUAGAUUUCACGGCCUCGAAUGGGGACCCCAGGAACAGCUGUUCCCUGCACUACAUCCACCCCUACCAGCCCAAUGAGUACCUGAAGGCCUUGGUGGCUGUGGGGGAGAUUUGCCAAGACUAUGACAGUGACAAAAUGUUCCCAGCCUUUGGGUUCGGUGCCAGGAUACCCCCAGAGUACACGGUAUCUCACGACUUCGCAAUCAACUUUAAUGAAGACAACCCAGAAUGUGCAGGGAUUCAAGGAGUUGUGGAAGCCUACCAGAGCUGCCUUCCCAAACUCCAGCUCUAUGGCCCCACCAACAUUGCUCCCAUCAUCCAGAAGGUCGCCAAGUCAGCAUCAGAGGAGACCAACACCAAAGAGGCAUCGCAAUACUUCAUCCUGCUGAUCCUGACUGACGGGGUCAUCACAGACAUGGCCGACACGAGGGAGGCCAUCGUCCAUGCCUCCCACCUCCCCAUGUCGGUCAUCAUCGUGGGAGUGGGCAACGCAGACUUCAGUGACAUGCAGAUGCUGGACGGCGACGACGGGAUUCUGAGGUCGCCCAAGGGAGAGCCCGUCCUUCGCGACAUCGUCCAGUUCGUGCCCUUCAGGAACUUCAAACACGCCUCUCCAGCUGCCCUGGCAAAGAGCGUGUUGGCUGAAGUCCCAAACCAAGUCGUGGACUAUUACAAUGGCAAAGGGAUUAAGCCAAAAUGUUCAUCAGAAAUGUAUGACUCUUCCCGGACACUGGCUCCAUGAAGUCUACACACUUUUACAGAGUCCUCAAAUACUAUUCCUGCUGAUACUUAAUACUUCUAUUAUCCUGUACUUAAAAAGACACACAGGUACACAUUUAAAAAUAGCACGUUUUGGUGAUUUUUAACUAACUAACAAUUCUUUUUGCAUGUGUAGCCCUGAGGCCUGGAUCUGCUAAGCCCUUGUAUUGUUAAAGACUUUUUACAAAGAAACACGGAUAAUUAUAACUUACUCUUUACAUUACAG